CGGUUCAAUCCGCAAAAUGAACUGGACUGGUUUGCAACCAUUAUCUUAACUACCAAGCUGACAAUAUCAGACAAGAUCCAUCCAUUUUCAUUCAUUCAGCUAUGGCCGCUACAUCUUCUGCUUUUCCUAUGCCUCCCUCUCACCACACAGACCAUUGUGUCUCUUCCAAUAAGCAGCCUUCACUCUUCACUCUCUCACCACCACCAAACCCAACUCUCAAAACCCCCACAAUCCGCUCUCGCCUCAGCAAACUCUGUCAACAAGGCCAACCUCAUGUCGCCCGCCAACUGUUCGACACAAUUCCUCGCCCAACUACAGUUCUCUGGAACACUAUCGUUAUCGGCUUCAUCUGUAACAAUAUGCCACUUGAAGCCCUUUUGUUCUAUUCCCACCUUAAAAAUUCAUCUCCUCACACACAAUGUGACUCCUAUACUUAUUCAUCCACGCUUAAAGCUUGUGCUGACACUGGUGACUUAAUGGCUGGCAAAGCUAUUCAUGCACAUUUUAUCCGGGGUUUAACAUACCCCAGUAGAAUUGUGUAUAAUUCCCUUUUGAAUAUGUACUCUACUUGCUUGUGUAACAUGGGUUGCCUUGAUUUUUCUAAGUAUGAUGUAGUGCAUAAGGUUGUUAAGACAAUGCGUAAGCGAGAUGUUGUUGCUUGGAAUACUAUGAUUUCUUGGUAUGUUAAGACUGAGAGAUAUGUAGAAGCAGUUAGGCAGUUUAGGGUCAUGAUGAAAUGGGGAAUUAAACCGAGUCCAGUUAGUUUUGUCAAUGUUUUUCCUGCCAUCUCAAGCGUCGGUGAUUAUGAGACCGCAAAUGUUCUCUAUGGUAUGCUUCUCAAACUGGGAAAUGAAUAUGCAAAUGAUAUGUUUGUUGUGAGUUCAGCAAUAUCCAUGUAUGCUGACCUUGGUUGCAUUGAUAUUAGUAAGAAGGUUUUUGAUACUUGUUUGGAGAAGAAUACAGAAGUCUGGAACACUAUGAUUGGUGGGUAUAUGCAACAUAAUUAUUUCUUUCAAGGAGUUGAUUUGUUUCUUCAAGCUGUUGAAACAGAACAGACUGUUCUAGACGACGUGACCUUUCUCUUAGCUUUAACAGCAAUUUCACAAUUGCAGUGUUUGGACUUGGUUCAACAGAUGCAUGCUUUUGUUAUUAAGAAUCUAAAAGUGUUACCAGUGACAGUACUAAAUGCAAUCAUUGUCAUGUAUUCGAGGUGCAAUGCUGUCCAGGCAUCAUUCAAAGUUUUUGACAAAAUGGCAGAAAGAGAUAUUGUAUCAUGGAAUACCAUGAUUUCUGGUUUAAUACAGAAUGGAUUAGAUGAUGAAGGGGUGAUGCUUGUGUAUGAGAUGCAGAAGCAGGGGUUCACAAUUGAUUAUGUGACAGUAACUUCUCUACUAUCUGCAGCAUCUAAUCUCAGAAACAAAGAAAUUGGAAAGCAGACCCAUGCAUAUUUACUAAGGCAUUGCAUACAAUUUGAUGGCAUGGACAAUUAUCUCAUAGAUAUGUAUGCAAAAUCUGGUUCGAUCAGAAUGUCAGAGUGCAUUUUUGAAAAGAAUGAUGUCCAAGGAAGAGAUCAAGCCACUUGGAAUGCCAUGAUUUCUGGUUACACGCAGAAUGUUUUGAUUGAACAAGCUUUUGUUACCUUCAGACAGAUGCUUGAGAAAAACCUAAGGCCUAAUGCUGUGACCUUAGCAUCCAUGCUUCGAGCUUGUAGUUCAUUGGGAAGCAUAGAUUUGGGGAAACAGAUCCAUGGCGCCUCUAUUCGGUACUUAUUGGACCAAAAUAUCUUUGUGAGAACUGCCCUUGUUGACAUGUACUCUAAAUCAGGUGCGAUAAAGUAUGCCGAAACUGUUUUUAUCCAAUCAUCUGAGAAAACUUCUGUCACAUACACGACAAUGAUAUCAGGUUAUGGUCAACAUGGGAUGGGAAAUAGAGCUCUCUCAUUGUUUCAUUCGAUGAAUAAAUCAGGCAUCCAACCUGAUGCAAUCACAUUUGUCGCAGUCUUGUCAGCUUGCAGUUAUGCUGGUUUGGUUGAUGAAGGUCUUCAAAUAUUUGAGUCAAUGAAGAGAGACUUUAAGAUUCAACCUUCAACUGAGCACUACUGCUGUGUUACAGAUAUGUUGGGAAGAGUUGGGAGAGUCUUUGAAGCAUAUGAGUUUGUUAAACAACUAGGCGAAGAUGGAAAUGUGAUGGAAGUAUGGGGAUCACUUCUUGGGGCUUGUAGACUCCAUGGACAUAUUGAUUUGGGAGAGAAGGUUGCCACUAGAUUACUUGAUUUGCACAAAUUGGACCGCAUGGCAGGGUAUCAUGUUUUGCUUUCCAAUAUGUAUGCGGAAGACGCAAACUGGGAAAAUGUUAAUAAAUUGAGGAAAGAAAUGAGGGAGAAGGGGAUGCAAAAGCAAGUUGGCUCUAGUUGGCUUUAUAUAGGAGGUCGUGCGGUACGUUUUGUGUCUAAUGACAAUGAUCACCCUCAAUGUGAUGAGAUAUACACAUUGUUGGAAAGAUUGACCAUGGAGAUCAAAGAUAACCAUCACAGUACUUGUCCUAGGUCUUUGUUUAACAUAAGAUGAAGCUGGCAGAUGAAUAACAUAUAUUAAUCCGAAGAGCGAAAGAGUCCAGUCCCUGGUCUAGGACUUGUCCAUGAGCAGAAGUAGAUUUCCUCAUCUGUUGAGCACUUAGCAGUAAUUGUGUGGAUCUCUGUUUUAUGGUCUCUUACUGCGUAUAGAAGAUGUCUAAGCAUGAGCACUUAGAAGAUGUCUAAGCAUGAGUAAUCCAGAUCCUGCAGGGAUUUGCAGCGGGUGCUAUUUUAGCUACCGGAUUUAUUCAUAUACUUCCCGAUGCUUUUGAAAGCUUGUCAUCUUCGUGCAUCGGUGAUAAUGCAUGGAACCACUUUCCAUUUCCUGGCUUCAUCGCAAUGCUUU